AUGCUAUGGGAGCCGGGGGACCACCUCCUUCAGGAGAUCUGGGUCCCGUCCGCAGCAGAUGCAUCACAGUCACUGGAACAGGCGGAAAUAGCUUCCAACUAUGGAAGAAUUGAAAACCUUAUUAUCAGUUUAGAGGAGAAUUGUGAAAUUAACAACUUCCAGACAAGACUUCUGAGGAAAUUUGGAGAGUUUAAGGAAUUUAAGACUGGGACUGCUUAUGUUCUAGAUGAUGACCGCAAAAGUCAACUGAUAUUCUCAAGGCUACCCAGCAAAGUAAGAGAUUACUUCUGGCUGGAAUGUCUUCCCAUCUUCCCUUUGAGAGUGUUGGUGGGAGGCAAAUGUAAUGGGGGUCAUGUUCUAGAGGCAAAAGGUCUUUCAGCGGUUGUGGGAAGAAAUGUGCCCCAUAAACUAAUCUGGAAACAUGAGAGCCCUGUGUCUAGGAGAGGUGGCUUUGCAAGACGACUUGGGUCUUCGGUGGCAGCAUCCUGCUCAGGUGUGUCGGUACUGAGCCUGUAUGAGAAAGGUGAUGCCAUGAAUGAAGAGACAGGGAAAAUUUUCAAGAAAGAAAAAGAAAUGAAGAAAGGUAUUGCCUUUCCCACCAGCAUUUCAGUAAAUAACUGUGUAUGUCACUUUUCCCCUUUGAAGAGCCACCAGGACUAUAUUCUCAAGGAAGGCGACUUGGUAAAAGUUGACCUUGGGGUCCAUGUGGAUGGCUUCAUCGCUAACGGGGCUCACGCUUUCGUGGUGGAUGUGGCUCAGGGGACCCAAGUAACAGGGCGGAAAGCAGAUGUCAUUAAGGCAGCUCACCUUUGCGCUGAAGCUGCCCUACGCCUGGUCAAACCUGGAAACCAGGACACACAAGUGACAGGAGCCUGGAACAAGGCCGCCCACUCGUUUAACUGCACACCGAUAGAAGGUAUGUUGUCCCAUCAACUGAAGCAGCAUGUCAUCGAUGGAGAGAAAACCAUUAUCCAGAAUCCCACAGACCAGCAGAAGAAGGACCAUGAAAAAGCUGAAUUGGAGGUACGUGAAGUAUAUGCUGUGGAUGUUCUUGUCAGCUCAGGAGAGGGCAAGGCCAAGGAUGCAGGACAGAGAACCGCCAUUUACAAACAAGACCCUUCUAAACAGCAUGGCCUGAAAAUGAAAACUUCAUGUGCCUUCUUCAGUGAGGUUGAAAGGCGUUUUGACACCAUGCCAUUUACUUUAAGAGCAUCUGAAGAUGAGAAGAAGGCCCGGGUGGGUGUGGUGGAGAGCGCCAAACACGAACUGCUGCAGCCAUUUAAUGUUCUUUAUGAGAAGGAGGGUGAAUUUGUUGCCCAGUUUAAAUUUACAGUCCUGCUCAUGCCCAAUGGCCCCAUGCAAAUAACCAGUGGUCCCUUUGAGCCUGACCUCUACAAGUCUGAGAUGGAGGUCCAGGAUGCAGAGCUAAAGGCCCUCCUCCAGAGUUCUGCAAGUCAGAAAACCCAGAAAAAGAAAAAAAAGAAGGUCUCCAGGACUGCAGAGAAUGCCACCAGUGGGGAAACAUUAGAGGGGAAUGAAGCUGGGGACUGAGGUGUGUCCCAUCUCCCCAGCUUGCUGCUCCUGCCUCGUCCCCCUCCCACCACACCCCAGGCUCUGUGAAGUGCAGUUUGUCUUCUCCACCCAGAACAGCCAACAGAGCAGGGUCUCCCUGCCCCCAUCCCUGUCCCCAUCCCAACCCCUUCCAACAACAACCAGCUCCAACUGACUCUGGUCUUGGGAGGCCAGGCUUCCUAGCCACCAAAGACUACUUUAAAUAGAAAAGAGAAAUUGAAUAAUAAAAUCAG